UACUUUAUUACAUCUGCCAUCUCUAGUCGCGUUGAGCUGUGCAAAAUUAGUGCGCAAAAACCAGUUGCUUAUUAUUAUUAAUUUGUAUUAUUUCGGCUUCAUCCAAGUCAGUAAUUCUUGUGCUAUAUGUGAAGUAUUUGUUCUCAAGUACCGGCCUUGUUUAUCUUUGUUGUUCCAACCGAGUCAAGUCGCAAAGCCUCCAAACACAUUCAUAAACAAAUACCUGAAAAUCGAGCCAUAGGCCUUCUUAUAAAGGACAGUUGUCUAUACAUAACAUUCCGUUUGUGCUUGUGCAUUUUAUGGACGAAUCCAACCAACUUCCCAUUCGCUUGUGGAAAUCAGCAGCUGGACCUUGGCCAGGUCAUCGCCGCCGUCACCACCAAGCCCCACCAGAGAACCUCACUAAAAUGCAUUAAACAAAAAAAAAAAUAAACUGCAUGGCAAAAUAAACAAAAGUUAUAAAAAAUAAUAUAUAUAUACACUGAAAUAGUAAAAAAGAAAAUUCAGCACAGCGCACAUUGUCUGUUCAGUCAGCAGUAUAUCCCUGUCAUUGCAACCUGCUGCUGCAGCAUAUGCAACAACAGCAACAGCAGCAGCAGCAGCAAAAUCGCUCUCGCUAACCCACAUCCACCACAUCCACCACACUCAUCUGAAACAAAAAUACUACUACCACAUGAGCAGCAUGAGUCUGUGGAAGCGCAUCUCGAGCCAUGCCGACUGCGAGCAGCGCAUGACGGCUUACUACAAUAAGAAGGGUCUGUUCGACCUGCGUCUCUGCUUGGCGCCCUGGAUCGAAGAAAGAAUAAUGUGAGUAGUCUCGUUCUCAAACAGUGCAGUGUGGCCAUUUUGUUGGGGUGUAAGUUCUAAGGUAUUGUUUAGACUAAGAGACAUUGCUGAAAAAAUACUGCAAAAAUACUAUUCAAGAAUGGAUUGAUAUUUUAUAUAAAAACUUGUAUGUAACCUGAACAGAGAUGAGAAUAUUUUUAUGUUAUCUUUGGGCAUUGAAUGGAGUGGGAAUAUUUGGCUAAGGGCGUGCGAUCUGUAAAAUAUUGAUUUUUUGGUAUCGAUUGAUCGAUUUUGUUUUAAUUUGAGACCAUCUUUCUCUUUCUCUCUAAAACAAAGGUCCGAGCAGAUAACACCAAAUUCAGCAAGUCAAUUGGAACGAGUGGCAUUCAAGUUCAUCGAGGAUCUAAAGCAGAAACUGUUAUCGACACGUGCCAGCGAUCAGAUCCUCAAGUAUCGCCUGGUUGAGCUUUGUGCGUUGAUUCAACGGACUCCAGCACUCGAACUUUAUACGCAUCUGCGGAGCGGUCUGCAAAGGGAGUUGCAGCUAGCCACCGCAGUGGUCCCAUCGAUGCCUCUGAAUACCUAUAAUAUGAACAAUGCGGCUGAUGCUGCUGCCGCCGUUGGCAUGAAUGGUAUCUGUGUGGACGCCAGUGAGUUAUUAGGCGUUGCCGGUCCCGGUUCAUCUCCAGUAGCAGCAGCCGGCAUGUCGGUUGGCAUUAUGCACAACAUGGCGGGAAAUGCAACGCCAGCUGUAAUGGUCACCCCCAAGGUCGAACUGUACGAUGUUCAUCAUCAAAUUGUUCAGAGGUACAACGAGUUGUCCACAUGCUCGGAGAGUCUGAAGUCAUUGGGUCAGACUUAUCACUAUAUGCUCAGCGCACAAAAUCCAGCGGAUGCGGAGCAACUUUUCAAGCGUUUAGUUGAGGAUAGGACCUCUUUGGUGGCCAGACUUCGUCGCAGCUUCAUGUGCUACGAACCACUGCAUGAGUUGGUCAUAACGGAACUUAAGAAUUGGAGACGCCAACAGGCGCUCGCUGGCAAUGGGGCACAGUUCAGCGAGAAUAUGUUGGAUGAUAUACAGCGUUGCUUUGAAAUGCUAGAAACUUUUGUCACCCAUCUUUUGUCGGUUUUGAAGGAGACACUGGUGGUGCCCUUAAUGAACGACGAUCUCGAUUUUAAUUAUUUUCUCGAUCAGGUGCAGGUGGCACAGAAAAAUCUUGUGUGCUCCGCGUUUAUUGUGGACAAACAGCCGCCGCAAGUUAUGAAGACAAAUACACGCUUUGCGGCCUCAGUCCGUUGGCUGCUGGGCUCCCAGCUGGGCAUACACCUGAAUCCGCCCACUGUCGAUUGCAUCAUUAUGUCAGGUACGAUUAUACAGACACUAAAAAAUAUUUUCUUUUUAAUAUGAGAACAAAAACAAACACGGACAUAUACAGCUGCGGUCAAAAUAGUAGGGCCCACAAAUGUUUUGGAAAAUGUUUUAAAAUUGGCAUAGAUACAUUUAUUUACAAAAAGAAAAUUAGAUUCCUUAAAUUUAAAAAUUUUCAUAAUUUUUAUUAAAUUAUUUAAUUAUAAGUUUAGUAUAUGCAAAGAACAGUACUUUAAAAUAUUCUUAGAUGAGAAACCUUAUAUUUUUUGUUUUGCAGAAUUGAAUUUUUCUUCGAAUUGAUGAUUUUGAAGACGUAUCAAUUCAAUCAUUUUGUACCAAGUUGUAUAAAAAUAUCAAGAUAGAUAAAAAAAAAAAAAUAGCAGAACACAACUCCCAGUCGCAUUGACCUCCAAACUUGGCCAAAAAUAUAUACAAAACAGAGAUAGCUGUGUAACCUCAGUUGUACUAUGACGCUGAUAACACAAAUUCUUUAUUUCUCUCGUAGGCCAAAAAAUUAAUAAAUUCGAAAAUCGUGUACCAGCUUCCACACAAAAAGACAAGGUUAGAGUGCUGCUGCGAUCUUCACACGUUCAAGAUGCGAUUAGCUUGAGCACCGGUGCUACUAUUUUCACACACAUUUAUAACCCUUUACGACCUAGAUAGAUAGAUAGAUAGAUAAAGUUGGCACCAUACACCCAUACCCAUAGAGCGCUAUUCUACAUGUCGUAACGAAGGCAAGCCAAAUAAUCAUCUACGUGGGCAGCUCGACACGCUAUGAAUAAAACAUUUUCGACUCUGCCUUCGGCUCGCCGGUCUCAUGACCUGAAACCCAGCUGAGCCCAGCUAUACGAACUGUUCCAGAGUAAUCGGCACCCUAGUCGGCACUCAUGCCAAUAUACUCCAAGGCCUAUUAUGAUUUCUGCGGAAGCUGCAAAGCAGUAGAAUAAGAGAAAUCUGAAUACUUCUUUUGCUCCUGCCAAGCAUUUGACAUUACGUACCCUGGGAAACCACUUACUAACCGAUCUGGGCUAAUUUUUGAUUCAGUCUCCCACUAGCGUCGAGAAGUUCUGCGCAUAUAAAACAAAGUAUGCUGAUUAACAAUAAAUAUGCUUUAUUGAUGGGGAUACAAAAUUAUAAUAUCCUCUGCAAGGGUGUAAAAUAGUUACUGGAAGUUAAACUUUUCCUCAACAUUUUUUCAGAGUUGCAGGCGCAGCGCUUUGUAGCACGCGGCACACACAUGGAUGUGACCAAUAGUAGCCUGCCUGGACAGUCGUCAGGCGAAAUACAGAACUGUUCCAGCAAUAUGGAAUAUCAGCAGAAUAACCGUGUAUUCUCCGCAAGCUUUCGGAACAUGCAGUUAAAAAAGAUCAAGCGUGCCGAGAAGAAGGGCACUGAGAGCGUUAUGGAUGAGAAAUUUGCACUGUUGUUUUAUGCCACGACGACAGUGAAUGACUAUCAAAUACGCGUUUGGACACUCUCGCUGCCCGUGGUGGUAAUUGUGCAUGGGAAUCAGGAGCCGCAGUCUUGGGCCACCAUCACCUGGGAUAAUGCAUUCGCAGAGAUUGUGCGUGAUCCGUUUGUGGUCACCGAUCGCGUCACCUGGGGUCAGAUAUCUGUGGCACUCAACACCAAAUUUGGCUCCGCCACCCAGCGCGCUCUCACCGCCGAAAAUUUGGAGUUUCUUUUUGAGAAACUACAACGAGAUAACAUCGCCGGCGAGCGCAACGAAUACAUUACAUGGAAUCAAUUCUGUAAGGAGCAGUUGCCGGAACGCAUGUUCACCUUUUGGGAAUGGUUCUUUGCCAUUAUGAAACUGACCAAAGACCAUUUGCCAGCCAUGUGGAAGGCGGGACGCAUUACUGGCUUCAUUAACAAGGCCAAAGCACAAGAUGAUCUAUUGCGCGCCAAUACAGGAAUUGGUACAUUUUUGUUGCGCUUCUCAGACAGCGAAUUGGGUGGCAUUACCAUUGCCUAUGUGAAUGAAUAUGGUUCGGUGACAAUGCUCUCGCCGUGGACUGCGCGUGAUUUUCAAAUACGCACUUUGCCUGAUCGCAUACGCGACUUGGACAUGCUGCGUUGCCUGCAUCCGACCGAUAUUAAUGUGCAGCCAAUGGAUCGCCAUCUCGCCUUUGGCGAAUUUUAUACCCAACCUCCUGAGAAAACGUCCCGCGGGGAUGGAUAUGUGCCGAGUACGAUACGCGUGCAGGUGCCCACCAGUGGGGAUACUGGCUCCAUGAGUGGAACGCCUCAUCAUCCAAUGCAGUCACCGCCGCAGGAUGGCUUGUCAAUGGGAAAUUAUUCUCCAUAUAGUGGCAUCAUGUCUGAUAAUCCAUCGAGCGUCGCAGCCACAUCCUAUAACAGGGAUGAUUCAGAUUCAGAUGAUAGCUUUGUGGCUCGUGAGCUCGAGGACUUAGUGAACAAUACAGCGCCCGACGAUCCCAUACUCGAUCAAAUCAGUUACACCAUACGCAAUGUGCAAGAAGCUCAGUGGAUGAUGCCCACUUAACCAGCAAUAACCGUGCCAUCGCCUUGUAAUCAAAUGGUCCAAUGUAAAACACAGAGUGGUUGUGUUAGUCUUUGGGUUGUGCCUCUUACCGAAAGUGGUAGUGAUUUUCAAAUGGCGGACUUUGAUACGAUGCCGAACUUUGAUGAAUAUAAGCUAUA